GAUGCCCCGCGUCCAGAUAGUAGUUUGUAAGGCAUUAUCACCGGCAGAUCACAAGUUAGUUAUCGGAAAAUUAUGGCCUUCUCUAUACUCUUUGUGCUAGCUCUGUGCGGCACAGCCGAGGUUUUAACGAAGGAAAUACCUAGCUACAUACAAAUUUGUAAGCGGGACCAGAACACGAUAGAUGACUGCGUUCGUCAUUCCAUCGAGGCACUGCGGCCACGGCUGGCACAAGGUCUUCCCGAGUUGGGCGUGCCGGGAAUAGACCCAUUUUAUAUUCCUGAGCUUUCAGCUACCAAUGUGGGGAGCCCUAUUCGAGCUGUUGGCAAGGAUGUGAAGGUUACAGGAGCUGGCAACUUUACUAUUAAGGCAUUAAGUGUGGAUCUAGACACGUUCACCAUAAAGGCCCGCGUUCGAUUCCCGAAGUUGCACCUGGAUGGCAAGUACAAGGUGGACACCACGAUUCUUGGUAUCCCCCUCAACGGCCAGGGCACGAUGAAGACGGAUGCUGUGAAGUGUGAUGCGGAGCUAGUGAUCUACGCGCAAACCUUCGAGCAAAAUGGCCAGGAGUUCAUAAAGUUCUCUAAAAUGGAUACAAACCUCAACAUCAAAGACUAUAGGAUCAGGCUCGAGGGACUCUUCAAUGGCGACAAAGUCUUAGGUGAUGCUACCAAUGAAGCUUUAAACCAGAACAGAGGAGAAUUUCUAAGAGCAGCCAAGCCCAUUCUAGAAAAAACAGUCACGAAACUCCUACUUGAUAUAGCUAACAAGGUGGUGAAGGACAUUGCUUUAGAUGAUGUUUUACCUAGACCGUAAGAAUUUCUUCACGAUAGAAAUAAUGAAGUUGACUGGAGAAAAAAACCAUUUAUUAAUUUUAAACGAAUUGCCAUUUAUUAAUUUUAAUGAAAGUAAUUGGUUGGUAUUUUUGUCAUAGAAUCAGUUAUUAAUGCAAUGCGCAAUUUAACAAAAUUAUCUAUAAUUCAGUAACAUUUUAUUUUUAUUCUCAAGGUGUCAAAAACUGAAAAAUUUUUGACGCCAUUUUAUUAUUAGAUCAGUUUAAAAUUCAAUAAACAUGCAAAUUAACAAAAAAUUAAUUUUAAACGACUUCUUGGCCUAGUACGCAUUUUGUUAUAUAGUUCCUUAGGUACUUAAUUUACAAAAAAAAAAAUAGGGUUAAAUCAGUUGUAGGCAGGUGAUAUUAAUUUAGAAAUUAAAUUUAAUAUGUAAGCAUGAAGUCAUGGAAUAAAUAAGAAAUCCGUAUUGAUUGCUGUCAAAUUCAUAUUUUACGUACAAAAGUUCACAUAUCCAAUUGAAUUUACAAAAUAAUAUUUAUUUUCGUAUAUCGAUAUUUUCGUCUUUUUCUUUCUUUCAAAUAUUUGUAUACUUGCUGGACUUCGUAAAAUAUGAUAGGGUUCUAUAUGAUAGCAGCACCGAAAUGUAAACCAAUAUGUGAAAUAACGCUUUAAAACAAAAAAAAUAUAUAUUAAAUCUAUUUAAUUUAGAUUCAUAAAUUUCCAUGUACAUUAAAAAAAGACACGCAAACAAACAUUAUAGAUUCUUUUAACAAUUCAGUUGUUCUUUUUUGGUGGCAUCACCUCAAAUGCAUUUUCAUGUAAUAUGUAUAUUUAGAGUUCAGAAAUGGAUACAAAAUUGUCACACACGCUCGACUGUCAUAAAUAAUUCCGUUCUUAUAAUCAAAUCGGGUUUCUUAUUUUAAAUUAUAUAUCCAAGAUGACUAUUAUAAAGUAUUUUUUAAUUUAGUAAUUUAAUCUUAAACAGAUUUAAGAACUGCAGAACAACAAAAUUUGUGAUAGUGAGUUUGUCUUUAGAACACAUUUUAUUGUGAUUUUAGAAACGUAUUUGAAAGCCAAAGCAGAUCGCUUUUGUUUAUACAGUUGUAAUAAAAAACUUUUUUUUAA